AUGUCUCUGUUUGGUAUCUCGUCGGUGGUCCAGACUGACUGCUCCUACACCUGGAUGUUCCGGGUCAACCCAGCGCUGUCCUGGCACCACUAUGUCAACCCCAUCAUGCUGCUGGUGCUCUACUACACCCUGGCCACGCUCAUACGCCUCUGGCUGCAGGACCCCACAGACACGGCGCCUGAUGUGGGCGAAGGGGAGGAGCCUAUGGUUGAUGACAUCACCCCCACAGCAGAGAAGAGGAGAGAGCUGUGGAGGAUGACUCACCACACAGAUGACAGAAAUGUGUUGAUAGUAAUCUCUAAUGGGUCUCCUCCGGACUAUGUCCCCACCAACGGGCCGCUGGGGCUGGACCUGUACUCCACACCGCAGUACAAACCAGGCCAACCAGGGCCAGACCUGGAGAGUGUGUAUGAGGUGGUGGUUGCGCGUGGCGAGAGUUUGAAAGAAGAAAUGGCGGCAGGGGCGAUGGCAGGGGCGAUGGCGUGGGUGACGGCGCCGGAGGAAGGAAUGGCGCGAGCUAAUGCGGCAGUCACGGCCUUCAGGUUCAUCAUGAAGCAAAGCUACAUCUGUGCUCUCAUCGCAAUGAUGGCGUGGAGUAUCACUUAUGUUAGCUGGCUGACCUUUGUGUUCCUCAUCUGGUCCUGCACGCUGUGGAUGGUGCGCGACCGCCGCCAGUACGCCAUGAUCACCUCCCCCUUCAUGGUAUUUUAUGGGAACCUGUUGAUCAUCCUACAGUAUAUCUGGAGCUUUGAGCUCCUCCAACCCGUGCCCGGGCUUUUCUUAAAGAAAGAGGUGCCCUUCCGGGAACUGGGCUCCAAGAUGCUGUGCCUGCUGAGUUUUUGGCUGCUGCUGAGACAGGCGUUGACAGAGAGAAAGGAGAGACAGAGAGAAGAGGAGGUGCUGUCGGACAUCAGGGUCAUCCAUGCCCACAAGAAGGAGUAUGAGGAGGUGGUGGAUGAGAGCGGUGGCCACAGGGAGAUGAUGGAGGUGGUGCAUGAGAGCGGUGGCCACAGGGAGAUGAUGGAGAUGCUAGGCAACACCCUCAUGGCCAUGUUGAACAAGUACUGGAUCUACAUCUGCGGCGGCAUGUUCUUCUUCGUCAGCUUCGAGGGACGCAUCGUCAUGUACAAGAUCAUCUACAUGAUGCUCCUCCUCUUCUGUGUGGCCUGCUACCAGGUGCACUAUGAAUGGUGGAGGAGGAUGCUGAAGUACUUUUGGAUGUCUGUGGUGGUCUACACCAUGCUGGUCCUCAUCCUGGUCUACACCUUCCAGUUUGACUCCUCCAUCCACGUCUGGUCCAACAUGACCGGAAUGAGCAAAGACAAACUGGAGGACCUGGGUCUGGAGAAGUUCUCUGUCCCGGCUCUGUUCACGAGGAUCUUCAUCCCCACCUCCUUCCUGUUGGUCUGCAUCCUCCACUUCCACUACUUCCACCAGCGCUUCCUGCUGCUCACUGACAUCAAGACGGUGGCCGACAAGCAGAAGAGCACAAUCACCAGGCUGGUGCACCUAGAUGGCAGUCUAGCAGACAUCUCUCUGAUCAAACCGACCCUCACUGUGACCAACAAAGAUGAGGAGCCUGGGGAGAAGCCGCAGGCUGGGGAGAAGGCUCAGCUGGAAGAGGAAGAUGGGAAGGAGGAGGAGGAGGAGGAGGAGAAGAAGAGAAGUUAUGAGGAGGAGGAAGAGGAGGAGGAUAAGAGGUAUGAAGAACCCCUGGAGCACUGCAGCAAGGCGGAGUCCCCGGUCGACGAGAUGUCAGACCUGAGGAGUAAGUGGUAUCUGGUGGUGGACCGCCUCACGGUGCUCUUCCUCAAGUUUCUGCAGUACUUCCAGCAGCUGCAGCGGACCAUCUGGUGGCUGCUGGAGCUCCACAUCAUCAAGAUCGUCUCAUCCUACAUCAUCUGGGUCUCAGUCAAAGAGGUGUCUCUGUUCAACUAUGUGUUCCUGGUGAGUUGGGCGUUCGCCCUGCCCUUCAGUCAGUUCAGGCCCCUGGCCUCCAGCGUCUGUACCGUCUGGACCUGCGUCAUCAUCGUCUGCAAGAUGCUCUACCAACUCACCUCUAUAAACCCCUCUACGUACUCUAAGAACUGCUCCAUGCCUCUGAACUACACGGAUGCCCAGAGGAGUGAGAUGGCCCACUCCCUGCUCUACAGCGCCCCUGUGGACCCUGCCAACUGGGUGGGCCUCCGCAAGUUCUCCCCGCUACUGGAGAACCUGAGGAACAACCUGUUGAUGCUGGCCCUGCUGGCGUUCGAGGUUACCAUAUACCGCCACCAGGACCUGUACCGCAUGAAGAACAAUCUCACCACGCCCGUCACCAGAACCAUCUUCCACGACGUCACCCGACAACACCUCGACGACAGCAUCCUCAACUGUGCCAAGUACUUCAUCAACUACUUCUUCUACAAGUUCGGCCUGGAGACAUGCUUCCUGUUGGCGGUGAACGUGAUUGGCCAGAGGAUGGACUUCUACGCCAUGCUCCACGCUUUCGGCCUGAUCGUGGUCAUCUACCGGCGGCAGCGGAAGGCAAUCGCUGACACCUGGCCGAAGUACUGCUGCUUCCUGGCCUGCAUGCUCACCUUCCAGUACUUUGUCUGCAUUGGCAUCCCCCCGGCCGCCUGCAAAGACUACCGAUGGAGGUUCCCCUCGUCCUCCACAGACUCCAACGUCAUCAAGUGGCUGUACUUCCCUGACUUCCACACCAAACCCAACCCCAUGUUCCUGCUCUAUGACUUCAUGCUGCUGCUGUGUGCCUCGCUGCAGAGACAGGUGUUUGAGGAGGAGAAUGAGACAGCCGUGUGCCACCUGGCCGGGGACAACGUGGAGAUCUGCAGAGACCUGGACGCCGCUUCCUUCAGUCAGCACAACCCCGUCCCAGACUUCAUACACUGCAGAUCCUACCUGGACAUGCUGAAGGUGAUCAUGUUCAGCUACAUGUUCUGGUUCGUGCUCACCAUCAUCUUCAUAACGGGCACAACGCGCAUCUCCAUCUUCUGUAUGGGCUACCUGGUGGCCUGCUUCUACUUCCUGCUCUUCGGGGGCGACCUGCUGCUCAAGCCAAUCAAAAGCAUCCUGCACUACUGGGACUUCCUGAUCGCCUACAACGUGUUUGUGAUCACCAUGAAGAACAUCCUCUCGAUACUAGCCUGUGGAUACAUAAAGUCCCUGGUCACCAAUCACUGUUGGCUCAUCCAGCUCUUCAGCCUGGCCUGCACUAUAAAGGGCUAUUCUAAGCCUGAGCAACAGGCCAACAAGCAGUGUGAGUUGCCUAGCGACGAGGCAGGCAUCAUCUGGGACAGCAUCUGUUUUGCCUUCCUGUUGCUACAGCGACGCGUAUUCAUGAGCUACUACUUCCUGCACGUGGUCGCCGACAUUCGCUCCUCACAGAUCCUCGCCUCCAGAGGGGCUGAGCUAUUCCAGGCGACCAUAGUGAAAGCUGUCAAAGCCAGGAUCGAAGUGGAGAAGAAGUCCAUGGACUUGCUGAAGAGACAAAUGGACCGCAUCAAGAGUCGGCAGCAGAAGUUCAAGAGGGGGAAGGAGAGGAUUUUGAGCUUAGCGCAGGAGAGCGGAGACGCAGGCCACGGCUUCACCGAGGACGAGGAGGAUGAAGAUAAAGAAAAGGCAGACAAAGAGAGGAUCAGGGAGAAGAAAAAGAAGCGGUGGUGGAGACCGUGGGUUGACCAUGCAUCCAUGGUGAGAAGUGGUAACUAUUACCUGUUUGAGACGGACAGUGAAGAAGAGGAGGAGGAGGAGGAUAAAGAGGUGGAAGAGCAGCCCAAGAAGUCUGCAUUUCAGUUUGUGUACCACGCCUGGAUGACCGACUCCAAGACGGCCAUGAAGGAGCACAGCAAGGAGAAACGCAGCUUCUGGAAGAAAUACACUGAAGGGAGCAGCAGCAAGCCAAGGAAAGAGGACCUGAGGGAAGCAGUUCAUGUUGUUAUCGAAGAGGAGGACCAGGAGAACAGAGAGGAGAAGAAAACAGAUGGACCAGACAACGUCCUGAAGCGAGUCUUCAACAUCGUCAAGUUCUCCUGGGUGUUGUUCCUGGCCAUGUUGGACAGCGUCACAGCCUGGAUCAACUCCAUGUGUCAGGAACACCUGGACAUCUCCACCGUGCUGCGCAUCGAGCGCUGCAUGCUCACACACGAGGUCAAAAAGGGGAACAAGCCUUCCCGGGAGAGCAUCCACGUGUACUACCGCAAGCAGAUGUGCAAGGCGACGUCCAUUGAGUCGGGCCUGGAGAUAACCGAGGAGGAGACGUGCCAGGACUGCAUCCCUCACAAGGCUGAGAGGCAGAGCUGUGCCUGUCUGAAGAGCCAAGACUCUAUGGUGUCUCACGAUAGCCUGUCCAGUGCGUACACAGAGAGCACACUGCUCUACUCCUGUCGCUCCACUCUGGACCACACUGACAUGGGUCCUGACAACAUCCAGGUGCCCAAGACCAGCGAGCGUGCCCGUCCUAAACUCUGCAAGAUGGAUGGGCUGAAUCUAAUGUCCACCUCCUCAGCUGACAGCGGAGGCAGCCAGGCCAGUGAGCACACCCAGUGCACAGCCCUCUGCUCCCGCCAGGAGACCACCGACACCAUCGAGGAGCCAGACCAGGACCUCCAAGACCCCCACUCCUCUUACACUGAGACCCCAUCCACCUCUACCUCUAUGGGGCUGUACAUGGACCGUGAUGGGGGUCUUCUCUCCAGGUCCAGGGGUAUGGACUGGGACAGCGGGGACAGCGUCCUGGAAGCCGAACAGGCAGGGUGGGGGAGGGGACCGUGCUACGCCCACCAGAGUGAGCUCCAGCUCUACCAGGCAGACCUCCCCAGUACAACCCCCACAGACACAGACAUCCCCCCCUCGUACAGCAGAGCCACAGGCCUGGACAGGGAGGGGGCCUGGUACAGCAGAGCUACAGGACUGGACAGGGAGGGGGCCUCGUACAGCAGAGCUACGGGCCUGGACAGGGAGGGGGCCUCGUACAGCAGAGCUACGGGCCUGGACAGGGAGGGGGCCUCGUACAGCAGAGCCACGGGCCUGGACAGGGAGGGGGCAUCGUACAGCAGAGCCACGGGCCUGGACAGGGAGGGGGCUGAGCGGGCCUCAUCCAGUAGGACGCAUCAUGAGAAGAGGUUGGUUGUGGUGACACCUGACGAGAAGUCUGAUUUUCUGUCGGGCGUCACGAGCGCCGCGUUUCCCUCGCUCACCCACGAGCUGACGGCCAGCGAUCUGCUACGCAAUAGGAUGUUCUACGAUGAAGAGUUGGAGGAUUCAGAGCGUUUCUACGGCGACCAGCCGGCGCUGCUGCAGCUGCUUUAUGCCCUGUACAACAUGCUGGUGGCCCACUCAGAGAUGGUGUGUUUCCUGGUCAUCAUCCUCAACCACAUGAUCUCAGCGUCCGUGGCCACCCUCGUCCUGCCCAUCUUCAUCUUCCUCUGGGCCAUGCUGUCGGUCCCCAGGCCUAGCAAACGUUUCUGGAUGACCGCUAUCGUCUACACAGAGGUCACCAUUGUGAUCAAGUACUUCUUCCAGUUUGGUUUCUUCCCCUUCAACCAGAACAUUGAGCUGGACAAGUCAAAACCGUUCCAUCCUCCCAACAUCAUCGGUGUGGAGAAGAAGGAGGGAUAUGUGCACUAUGACCUGGUUCAGCUGCUAGCUCUGUUCUUCCACCGAUCUAUUCUCAAGUGUCAUGGGCUGUGGGAUGAGGAUGACCCCAGGGGAGGAGGGGGGGAAACCCCCAAGCAGCACCAGCAUGAGAGGGAGAAGAGGACCAGCUCCAGGCCAGUGAAGAAGCAGGCCUCGGGGGGCAGCAGCUCCCUGCUGGAGUCGGUCCGCGCACGCUUCCCCCACCGCUUCCACUCCCUGUCCACCCCCACCCCACUGCGCCGCAAGAGCUCCAGCUCCGCCUCCCACCUUUCCCAGUGCACCAUGCGCUCCGCCCACUCCAAAGGAGACAGUGUGAGCUCACGGCCCAGCCUGCGGAGAGGGGACAGCCUGCAGAGAGGGGACAGCCUGCGGAGAGGGGACAGCCUGCGGAGAGGGGACAGCCUGCGGAGAGGGGACAGCCUGCGGAGCAAGAAGGAGAUGAUCCUGGAGAAACUCAGAGAGCAGCUCAUCAAAGCCAAGAGCUUCACUGUCAGAAGAACUCUGGAGAUCUACAUCCCCAUCCGUCAGUUCUUCUACAACCUGAUCCACCCAGAGUACAGUGCGGUGACAGACGUCUAUGUGCUCAUGUUCCUGGCCGACACCGUCGACUUCAUCAUCAUCGUCUUCGGCUUCUGGGCUUUUGGGAAACACUCUGCGGCGGCUGACAUCACUUCUUCCCUGUCGGAGGACCAGGUUCCCGAAGCCUUCCUGGUGAUGGUGCUGAUCCAGUUUGGCACCAUGAUCAUCGACCGAGCCCUCUACCUUCGCAAGACCGUCAUGGGAAAAGUCAUCUUCCAGGUCAUCCUGGUGUUUGGUAUCCACUUCUGGAUGUUCUUCAUCCUGCCUGGAGUCACAGAGAGACGGUUCAGUCAGAACACAGUGGCCCAGCUGUGGUACUUCGUCAAGUGCAUCUACUUUGGCCUGUCGGCCUAUCAGAUCCGCUGUGGCUACCCCACCCGCGUCCUGGGCAACUUCCUCACCAAGAGUUACAACUACCUCAACCUUUUCCUCUUCCAAGGGUUCCGCCUGGUCCCAUUCCUGACGGAGCUGCGAGCGGUGAUGGACUGGGUGUGGACGGACACCACCCUCAGCCUGUCCAGCUGGAUCUGUGUAGAGGACAUCUACGCCCAUAUCUUUGUCCUCAAGUGCUGGAGGAUGUCAGAGAAGAGGUACCCCCAGCCUCGCGGGCAGAAGAAGAAGAAGGUGGUGAAGUAUGGGAUGGGAGGUUUGAUUGUCAUGCUGCUCAUCUGCAUCGUUUGGUUCCCGCUGCUCUUCAUGUCGCUGGUCAAGUCCGUGGCCGGGGUGGUCAACAAACCUCUGGACGUGUCGGUCACCAUCACCCUGGGAGGCUUUCAGCCCAUCUUCACUAUGAGUGCCCAGCAAAAUCAACUGAAGGACAUCAGCAAAGCAGAUUUUGCAGACUUCAUGAAUUCAUACAAUUACAUUCCGUCAGCGAUGCAGUUCCUGGAGGCGUACACGUCAGAGGACGUGACUGUGGCGGAGCUGGAGGGCAGUUCCAACUCCCUGUGGACCAUAAGCCCCCCCAGCAGGAAGAACCUGAUGGAGGUUCUCAGCAAGGAGGAAUACUUCCCUGUCACCAUGUCCUGGACCAUCCAGAGGAAUCUCAGUCUUGGAGCCAAAGCUGAAGUUGCAACAGAUAAACAUGUCACAUACCUUGAUAUGACAAUGCGACAAGAGUUAAUAGAUCUGCUGAAUGGGACCAGAAACCAGGCUGUGGUGAUAGAACAAGUUUUCCCAUGCUUCCUCAGAGCUCCCAGUGACUCCAAUGCCAAACCAAUAGAACAACUCUAUAAAGACAAUGGCUACAAAAACAUCCUGCUAGCCCUGGAGAGAACCCACAACAGCAGUGGAGAGAUCCAGGAGUGGUGGAUUGUGGACCAGCCUUCGGCGGGACAGAUACAGAUGAGGGGUGCGGCAGUGGGGAAGAAGAGAGAGGCGGGCCUCCAUCUCUACGUGUUCAGUGACAAAGUCAGCCCGCCCAGUCUGGGCUUCUUGGCAGGAUACGGGAUCAUGGGUCUCUACGCCUCGGUGGUGCUCGUCAUCGGCAAGUUUGUGCGCGAGUUCUUCAGCGGCAUCUCGCACUCCAUUAUGUUCGAGGAGCUGCCUGCCGUGGACCGCAUCCUGAAGCUGUGUACCGACAUCUUCCUGGUCAGAGAGACGGGCGAGCUGGAGCUGGAGGAAGACCUGUAUGCCAAGCUCAUCUUCCUCUACCGAUCACCUGAGACUAUGAUCAAGUGGACCAGGGACCAGAAAACAAAGUGAGAGUGCCACUUGGUGGGCGACAGAGACAUGAAGUCUCACAGAAUGCUAGAUUUUAAAAAGCACAAUCCGGCAGGAAGUUGCAAGCUAGCUUACUGCGCUCCCUGUAUUUGGGUGUGACUGUGAUAAGGACCCUCUCCCUAUCGAGCCUACAGUGAAACAAUGUGACCUACACAUGAAAGGUGUGUUUGUACUCGUUUAGUAGAAGAAUUGCAGCCUUCAGUCAGUCAGCGUGUUUGAGAUGUCACAGACAGACUGCUGCUGUCCUGCCUUCAGACGUCUGGCCUUUUUCCUAUUGGGAAACAUGAACCAUGGGUUGUGCAAUAUACUGUCCAGAUAGCUGGCUGUAAACUUGAACAGACAUGUUAUCUUGAGCUACACGGGAGAGAGAAUGGAAGCAGGCAGCGACAGAGACACUAGUCACUUUUAUUCUCCAAGAUAUUUUCCUUUCUCUCCCUCUACUGGAAGGGCUUUGGCUUUCCCAGCAAGACAACAGCGAGAGGUUGUGACGUUGAAGACAAGUUAUGAUACUUUGUUACCGUUAUGUGGUUUCUACAGAUAAUCAAGGGAGCUGUCGCAGACAUCGUUCUCAGGAAAUGUAUAUCAUCUCACCAGAACGGGAAUUAGGUUGUUGUUGUUUUUACCUGUAGGACACCGAAAAGAAACAAUAAAUGGAAAAUCAGUGAUGAUCACUGUGUAUUUCUAUGGGGCAUAGAAAUAUAAUGAUAGAUUCUACGGUAUUAUGGAGCAUGUCCAUGUUGAUGGACCCAUAUGAAGACCUGUGAAUUGAGAAGAGGGCGUCAAUACAGAUAGUUUUUGAAGCCUGUAUUGCUUGAAAACCCCCUUUUAUUUUUUACAUUAUAAGUUACUGUUAAGUUCAUAUGGUCAACCAAAAUGUGAUCAAGGCCAUCAAAGCCAUGCAAUGGAAAAUGCAGUCCCAUGUGUAAGUGAUUAGAUUGUUUUCAUGUUAUGACAUAGAUACAUGAGGUCUGUGCACCUCCAUAGUGUAAGGAAUCCCGUUUGUGUUGUUAUUGUGGUUCAGCACCUGAACAUAAAGCACAUGUUUGAAAGCU